ACACAAAGCUUAUACACUGAUAGACUCAUGACGGACACAAUAUUCGUCGCUUGUACUUGUAGUUCAUAUUUUGUCCGUACCUGUCGCUAAAGUCGCACAUGCUUCGAGCGAGAGCCGAUAAAUAAUCCGCCAAUAUAUAAUUCGUGACAUUAUGUCAAAACCGGUAUGGAUAAUUUGUUUGAUUUUUCAAACAUUUUGUGUCAUAAAUGUAAUUGCAUCAACGGGAGAUAGAUCGCAGAUUUACAAUCAGUGUCUUAUGAAAUAUCGUAUCAAUCACUGUAAAGAUGAUACUACUUUUAUUAAUCCACCAUCUCUAUUCCUUUCGUUAUUAUCAUGGUCUUGCAUUGAAGAUUGUAGGUAUACCUGUAUGUGGCAUACAGUUGAGUAUUUUGUAAAUCAUGGUUUAACAGUGCCACAAUUUUAUGGAAAAUGGCCAUUUAUACGUAUUUUUGGAUGCCAAGAACCAGCUUCUGUUUUAUUUUCAAUAUUUAAUUUUUAUGCUCAUUGGGUAUUGUAUUGGAAAUUUAAAAGAAUAGUAAAAUCAAAAUAUCCCAUGUUCUAUAUUUGGACAUAUUUUAGUUUUAUUUGUUUAAAUGGAUGGUUUUGGUCUACAAUUUUUCAUGCACGUGAUACAGACUUCACUGAAGUAAUGGAUUACUCUUGUGCAUUUGCUAUUGUACUAACAUUAUUAUAUUGUAUGUCAUUAAGAAUAACAUACAAAAGUACCAAAACUUUUAUUAUACUUACUUGUUGUUAUAUUAGUAUUUUAUAUACACAUCUAACACACUUAUGGUCUGGAGCAAUUAACUAUGGAUACAAUAUGAAAUUUAAUAUAAUAAUAGGUUUCUUAACUUUUGUAAUAACAAUGUCAUGGUGGUACCAUGUUAGAUAUGAGAUACCUCAUGCAUAUCUCAUUGGUUGGUUUAAUAUCUUAGCAGUUCUUGUUACUUUAUUAGAAGUGCUUGAUUUUUCACCAAUAUUUUGGAUUUUUGAUGCUCAUUCUUUAUGGCAUGGAUUUACAGCUCCACUUACUAUUUUGCUAUAUAGGUUUAUAACUUUAGAUUGUUUGUAUUUGAAGAUAUAUCACAACAAAACAAUAUUAAAUAUGCAUCAUAUCCAUUGAUUUAAUGUAUCAAAAUAUGCCUUCUUGAUUUUUUUUUUCUUUUU